AUGGCUUUAUGCAAAGCCGAUGAAAUCGUUAAACAGAAAGGCGACAUUGAUGAAAUCAUCAAUGCUAACAAUAUAAAAAAGAUUAGUGAGGAAAGUCGUGCACCAUUAGAGGUAACAGUUGAUG